AUGACGGAUCUGAAAAGUGGUAGAAGAGGAGAUGUUUUAUGUGAGGCUACUCCACACAGCAGCUAUGUAUUUAACAACCUUGCUGGCCCCAGCCACCACACGUGUCCACCAGGAAGCGUGACAGCUUUUCACUGCAGACCAGCUACCUGCCCAGUCGAGGCACAACUCCAAGGAGAAUUUCCAAAUGGAUGGUGCAAGGCCCAGUUCCUGGUGUUUACGGCGCAGUGGGGUACCCCCCCACCACACAUUAUGAGGCUGGAGUACCCGGCGCUCUACAUGUGCAAGCCCAAGCGCGGCGUGAAGCGGGACGAGAGCAAGGAGACGUACAAACUGCCGCACCGGCUGAUCGAGAAGAAGCGGCGGGACAGGAUCAACGAGUGCAUCGCGCAGCUGAAGGACCUGCUGCCCGAGCACCUCAAGCUCACGACGCUGGGGCACCUGGAGAAGGCGGUGGUGCUGGAGCUGACGCUGAAGCACCUGAAGGCGCUGACGGCGCUGACGGAGCAGCAGCACCAGAAGAUCGNGGGCUUUCCCGCAGGGGAGCGCUCCGUCAAGUCUCCGGUGCAGGCCGACCUGGACGCUUUCCACUCGGGCUUUCAGACGUGCGCUAAGGAGGUGCUGCAGUUCCUGUCCCGCUCCGAGAGCUGGACCCCCCGCGAGCAGCGCUGCGCUCAGCUCCUCGGCCACCUGCACGCCGUCUCCUCGCAGUUCCUGCCCGGCCCGCGGCUCCUCUCGCCGCCGCCGGGCCCGCUCGUAACUUAA